UCCAUCUCCUUCAGCACACCGCACAUGUACAGCAGCAGUGACAGAUUGAAAGGCUGGGCCUGCUACACGCGCAUACCCGCAAACGCACACUUAAACACACACCACCCUGUCUGUGGGAACCCUCUCUUCUGAAAAGAAACAAAUUAGCUCGGAUUUUAAGAUGAAGCUGACGGAUGGAUUUUUGAAGCUGGUUUGAAACGCAGCCUUUCUCAAGCAUGAAGCUCCUCGGAAACAUUCCACUGCUACAGAUCCUCUUUCUGCCAUGUUUCAGCCUGAUCGGGGGCUUACAGAGAGCUCCUCGAAUCACAACCUUACUUGAAACUGUGGAUGCCUUGUUGGAUCACAAUGCAACUUUUAUAUGUGAGGUAGACUCUUAUCCUUUAGCAGACAUUUCUUGGACGCGCAACAAUUACCCCAUACGGCAUUAUGAUCCACGAUACAUUAUCCGAGAAAAUGGCCAAAUGUUGAUCAUUCCCAAUGUGAAGGACUCAGACAAUGGAGAAUACUGUUGCAAUGCCAACAAUGGAAUUGGAGAGCCAGCAAAAAGCUGUGGAGCUUUGCAGCUGAAGAUGAAGCCUCAAAUUAAGAGACAUCCAACAAACAUCACAUUGCUACUGGAGUCCAAGGCAGUGUUGCCAUGCGUAACGUUAGGAUAUCCCAAACCAGAUAUUUCCUGGAUUAAAGAUGAGGAUUUAAUUAAGGUUGAUAGCCGAAUUUCGAUUUUGGAAUUUGGUGCCUUAAAAAUUCACAGUAUUAAGAAGGAGGACGCUGGCCAGUACCGAUGUGUAGCUAAAAACAGCUUUGGGAUUGCCGUCUCAAAACCGGUCACCAUCGAAGUACAAGCUCCUGCUAAAAUACUUAAAGUUCCAAAAGAGAGGAAGGUGCAGAUUGGAACAGAAGUGGCUUUGGAGUGCAAUGCCACUGGCAACCCCAUCCCCUCCAUAACUUGGCUGGAAAACGGCAACACGAUCAUGGGGGCAUCAGUAGAGGAGACUCUGGUUGGGGAGGUAAUCCUAUCAGUGCUGCGGGUGGUGGUCAAUAAACCGGCCCUCUACACCUGCCAGGCCACCAACCACCACAGUGGAGGAGCCAACACUGUCAAAGCUACAGCCAAGAUCACCAUCUCAGAAUGGAGGCUGUAUAAAGGCAGUGCUGGAUACUGCAGUACGUACCGGGGUGAAGUGUGUCGUGGCGUGUUGAGACGCGAUGCACUCAUCUUCUUUAACUAUUCCCUGCCGGAGCCUGAGGAGGGGCAGGAGCUGCUGGCCCAGGGCAGCUGGGCGGAGUUGGAUGGGGCCAGUGCUCUGUGCAGGCCGGCUGCGCGCUCUCUGCUCUGCCACAACACCUUCCAGGACUGCAGCCCUUCCGGCCUGGGACCCUCACCCAAACCCAUCUGCAGGGAGCACUGUGUGGCGGUGAAGGAGCUGUACUGUUAUAAGGAGUGGCGCUCUAUGGAGGAGAGGAGUCACAGGGGAGUCGUUUCUCCAGGCCUGAGCAUCAUUCUGCCGGACUGUGGAACACUGCCCAGCCUGCAGGCUGAUCCAGCCUCAUGUACCUCUGUGGCUUUUGUGGAACUCAAGAAAGACCAAAUCACAACAACAUGCUACAAUGACAGAGGAAGGUUUUACCAAGGAACACACAAUGUCACCGCGUCUGGUAUUCCCUGUCAGCGCUGGGACCAGCAGGAUCCUCAUCCUCACAGGCUGCCUGUGGACAUCAUCCCUGAGCUGAGCAAUGCUGAGAAUUACUGCCGCAAUCCCGGGGGAGAGAGUGACAGGCCAUGGUGCUACUCCAGCAGCCCCAGAGUACGCUGGGAAUACUGCCUGGUGCCCAAAUGUGGAGAAGCAGUGACAAGCGUGAGAGCAGCGUCUGCUCCUAAAUCGGCCCCUCCAAACCCGGUUUCUCCCGUCUCCACUGCCUACUACAUGAGCGUCAUCAUAUUCAUCAUCGCAGGCUUUGCAGGUGUAGCCUUCCUCACCAUACUCAUCCUCAUGUGUCACAAGAGGAAGAAAAUGUGGAAGCGUCGGAAAAGCAGGGCCAUGGAGACCCCUACCCUCACUGCCCUACCUUCUGAACUACUACUGGACAGACUGCACCCCAACCCCAUGUACCAGCGCCUGCCCCUCCUGCUCAACUCUAAGCUGCUGACGCUGGAGUACCCACGCAACAACAUCGAAUACGUGAGGGAUAUCGGAGAGGGGGCCUUCGGCAGGGUGUUUCAGGCAAGAGCUCCUGGCUUACUACCACAUGAGCCCUUCACUAUGGUAGCAGUGAAGAUGCUGAAGGAGGAGGCCUCAGCUGAUAUGCAGAAUGACUUCCAGAGAGAAGCUGCUCUCAUGGCAGAGUUUGAUCACCCCAACAUUGUCCGGCUCCUGGGGGUCUGUGCUGUGGGGAAGCCCAUGUGCCUGAUGUUUGAGUACAUGGCCCAUGGGGAUUUGAACGAGUAUCUGCGGAGGUGUUCCCCAGCCCAGCAGCGCAGCCUGAGCCAAGGAACCCUGACAGGCCAAAGUGUAGUCUCCGAAUCAGAACUAUCACCCCUCAGCUGCCUGGAGCAGCUCUCCAUCUCCAAGCAGGUGGCCGCAGGCAUGGCCUACCUGUCCGAGCGGAAAUUUGUGCACCGCGACUUGGCCACGCGGAACUGUCUGGUGGGCGAGGACUUAGUGGUGAAGAUCGCCGAUUUCGGCCUGUCACGAAACAUCUACGCUGCCGAUUACUACAAGGCCAGCGAAAAUGAUGCCAUCCCAAUUCGAUGGAUGCCCCCGGAGUCCAUCUUCUACAACCGCUACACCAGCGAGUCGGACGUGUGGGCCUACGGAGUAGUUCUGUGGGAGAUUUUCUCACACGGCAUGCAACCUUAUUACGGCAUGGCCCACGAGGAGGUCAUCUACUACGUUAGGGAUGGCCAUGUGCUGGCCUGCCCCGAGAACUGUCCGCUGGAACUCUACAACCUGAUGCGCCUGUGCUGGAGCCGCCACCCCAGUGACCGGCCCAGCUUCGCCAGCAUCCACCGCAUCCUGGAGAGGAUGCACUGCCAGAUGCUCCACUCCAGCAUGGCCUGA